AUACAUAUAUAUAAGAGUAAACCUAGAAAUACUGCUUAUUGGAAAGACUUUGCAGCGACUCUUCACCACAGAGCUUCGAAAAACACAAACAUGAAGAAGGGAAAUUUAUCCCCUAACCUCAAGCUUUCUCUCCCUCCUCCAGAUGAAGAUUCUAUUUCCAAGUUCUUAACCGGUUCCGGGACUUUUAUGGAUGGCGAUCUACUCGUCAAUAGAGACGGAGUUCGAAUUGUCUCCCAGAACCAAGUUCAAGCUCCACCUCUUAUACAACCAUCGGACAACCAGUUAAGCUUAGCUGAUUUUGAUGCAAUUAAAGUCGUUGGAAAGGGAAAUGGUGGAAUUGUGCGAUUGGUGCAACACAAAUGGACUGGGCAGUUUUUUGCUUUGAAGGUUAUUCAAAUGAAUCUUGAUGAGAACACUCGUAGGCAUAUUGCACAAGAACUGAAAAUUAACCAGUCAUCACAAUGUCCCUACGUGGUCGUGUGUUACCAGUCUUUCUAUGAUAAUGGUGCCAUUUCCAUAAUCUUGGAAUACAUGGAUGGUGGAUCUCUAGCAGACUUUUUAAAAAAAGUCAAAACAAUUCCCGAGCCGUAUCUUGCUGCCAUUUGUAAACAGGUGCUCAAGGGGAUGUGGUAUCUUCAUCAUGAAAAACACAUUAUUCAUAGGGACCUGAAACCCUCUAAUUUGUUAAUCAAUCAUAGAGGGGAAGUGAAGAUUACUGACUUUGGUGUGAGUGCAGUGCUGGCUAGCACCUCCGGACAGGCUAAUACUUUCGUUGGCACAUACAACUAUAUGUCUCCAGAGAGAAUCAUUGGAGGCAGCUAUGGCUACAGAAGUGACAUUUGGAGCUUGGGGUUAGUUUUGCUCGAGUGCGCAACAGGUCGUUUCCCAUAUUCCCCACCACAACAAGGGGAAGGAUGGACUAAUGUUUAUGAGCUUAUGGAAUCCAUUGUUGACCAACCGCCGCCUUGUGCGCCUUCUGAUCAAUUUUCUCCAGAAUUCUGCUCAUUUAUUUCUGCAUGUGUACAGAAAGACCCAAAGGACAGGCAGUCAGCAAAUGAACUUAUGACGCAUCCCUUCAUCAACAUGUUCGAUGACCUGGAUAUCGAUCUCGCCCCUUACUUCACCAGUGCAGGAUCUCCACUUGCACAAUUUUAGAACUUGUUUGGUAGCAGCUAGGGAGCAAAGAACCUGAGAUAAAAUGUACCCCUUUCCGGAACUUUUUUCUUGGAAGCUAAUAGGCAUAUAACUUGUUUCCUAGAGAGCAAAAAGCGUCUGCUUUUGAAAGUUCAAGUUCUGCAUUUUCAAAUCACUUCAUCUCUGUUGCAAACGUACCACCGACUCCUUUGCUCCUUCCAACAUAGGUCGCUGAACCGAUGGCACUAUCUCAAACUAUUCCACCACCACCACCUAGGCCAGUCUGUUCUGUCAGCAGACUCGGCACUAGUUCGUGAUUGGGCAUGUGCUACCUUCCACAAUAUUAAUUUUUAACCAUCAUCAUAUUUCAUUACUAAUCUCAAAAAUGAUUUGAGAUCAUCUUAGAGAACUUAUUGUUCAUGUAGGUUAAUUGGGAAUUAGCUGUUGCUAUAAAAGUGACUAUUCUUGGGUUAUUGCAUUGUUGAAACUUU